AUGACACCGUCCACUGACACAUCAGGAAUGAAGUUCGAGGUGUUCCUGAGUUUUAGAGGACCGGAUACUCGGGACAACUUUACUAGUUGCCUCUAUCAUGAUAUGGUGGAGAAAGGAAUCCGCGUCUUCAAAGACGACGAAGAGAUCCGAGUUGGUCAAAAGUUUGGGGGAGAGAUUUUGCAAGCCCUUGAAGACUCUCAAAUCUAUAUCCCCAUCUUCUCUAAGGGAUUCGCUUCCAGUGUGUGGUGUCUCCGUGAGGUUGCACAUAUGGUAGAUUGCACUUCAAAGUCGGAUGGGAAGAAGGAGAUCCUUCCCGUAUUCUUUGACGUGAAAUCAAGUGAUGUGAAGCUUCGAACAGAUUUGUACAGAGAUGCCCUGUCUGAGCAUGAGAAGAAUAAGUACGUCUCCCAUGAAGUGAAGCGCUGGGAAGAAGCUCUUGUUGAGGUUCCGACUAGAAUAGGUUGGAAGCUGGAAGGAAAAGGGUAUGGGGAACUUAUAAAAGUGAUUGUUCGAGAGGUACUACUUAAGCUGAAUGGAAAGAAAAGACAUCUUCCCGACCGUCUAGUUGAAACGGAUGAUCUAGAACAUAUAGAGGAAUUGUUGGAUGUUAACUCUGAUAACCAUGUGCGUUUCGUUAUAAUCCACGGGACGGGCGGUAUUGGAAAAUCAACUCUUGCUAGGGUUAUCUUCAACCGAUUCCAGUCUAAAUUCAAUUGUUGUAGUUUCCUUGGAGAUGUCCAAAGUCAUUGUCUUUUAGACAUGCAAAAGAAACUGUUAUCCGAAACACUUGGGUCGAACUCUGCUCAAGAUAUCUAUGACACCGAUAACGGGAUCAAUCGCAUAAAAAGAGGACUUGGCAAAAAGAAAGUUCUGGUUGUUAUCGAUAAUGUGGAUGAGAAGAAGCAACUCGAGAACCUCGCAGGGAAUUGCAAUUGGUUUGGUUGUGGAAGUAGGAUCAUUGUCACACUCAGGGACCUAAGGCUAAUACAAAAUAAAGACAACCAAACACGACCUAGCAAUUACAUGGACUACCCAGUAAAGGAGAUGCCUUUUGAUCAAGCGGUUCAACUUUUCAGCAUGCAUGCUUUUAGAAGCAAUACUCCUACGAAAUAUUGCUACAAAUUGUCAAAAGAAGUCGUUUCAAGGGUAGGAAAGCUCCCUUUGACUCUAGAAGCCGUGGGUUCUCUUUUCACCAGCAUGGUCAGAUCCGAGAGGGACGAGAGGUUGGAGGAGUUUAAGCAAGCCCCGCCUCGCAACAUCCAAGAAACACUGAUGAUAAGUAUCAACAUAUUGGACAACACAGAAAGAGCCAUAUUCCUAGACAUAGCAUGUUUUUGCAUAGGGGAGGAUAAGACUUAUGCGGAUUACAUGUGGCGUAGUAGCGGCUAUUCUUCACGCAAUGCAAUUGAUGUUCUUCUCCUCAUGUCGUUGAUAAAGAUUGAUGAGAACAAUAGGUUCUGGAUGCAUGAUGAAAUUCGAGAUCUAGGAAGGUACAUUGUCAAAAAUGACAAUGUCGAAGAUGCUGGAAAGCGCUCUUGGGUGUGGAUUGAUGAGAAGAAUUUAGACAUACUAAGGAGAAGUGAGGAAAAACAAGCCGUACGAGCACUCAGUAUGGGUAUUAAUUAUGACUUAACACCUAAAGAAUUAGCCUAUUUCCCAAUGCUAAGGUUCCUUGGAGGGGACAACAUCAAUUUCAUAGGCGACUUUGAAAAUCUUCUUCAUAACCUAAGAUGGUUUUCUUGGCAUCAUUGCCCUAUGGAUCUUUUGGUGACAAAUCUCAACCUGAUGAAUUUGGUUGUGCUCGACCUUUCAAGGAGCAACAUCACCCAUGACUGGAGUGGAUGGAGACAAAUCAAGGCAAAAAAUUUGAAAGUUCUAGAUCUGACGUUGUGUUGGGAGUUAACCCAGACACCUGAUUUUUCACAGUUCCCCAAGUUGGAGAAAUUGAUUCUCACCAAUUGUUGGAGAUUGUCUACAAUUGAUAGCUCCAUCAGAAACCUAAAAAUGCUAAGCACUUUAGAUAUCACUGGAUGUUCUUCCCUCCAAGGGUUGCCUGAAGAAAUCGGUUCACUAGAAUGCUUGUCAGAGAUUACCAUACCCAAGACAUUCAAACGGUUCAAGCUUCCUGAGACACUAGGCAAGUUAAAAUCUUUGACAAAGUUUAAAAUCUUUGAUAAUGGUGAUGUCUACCAACUACCUCACUCUAUUGGAAGGUUAACGAAUCUCACGCAUUUGUGGUUGACUCAUUGUUAUAAUCUAGUUGAACUUCCGGACUCUAUUGGAGAACUAAAAUCUUUGGUCGAGUUAAAUCUAAGAUAUUCACGCAUCUCCAUUCUCCCUGAUUCCAUUGGAAAUCUAAAGAGACUAAAAGUCUUAAACGUGCAAUCCACAAAGAUACACACAUUACCAAGUGCUCUCGGAAGGGUGAAAAUGCUCGAAGAACUCAAUGCCUCGUCUUGUCUGGAGCUCACGGAUGAAAUCUCGUGGGAAAUGUGGAGCUUGACCCGUCUGAGGAUCUUGAACUUAUACGAGAGCCCAAUCUCGACAGUGCCAACAAAGAUCGGUGGUUUCUCUAAUCUCCAAACGCUUAAAAUCUCAAGCCGCCGGCUUCAACCAUUGCCAGAGCUUCCCUUGAGUUUGAAAUGUCUAGUGGUUGAAGCUGCUAUUCCUGUUCUUCCUGACCUCUCGAGCCUAGUUCAUUUAGAUCAUCUUGAAGUGGGGAUUAAAGUUCCAAGUACUAACUGGUGGAAACCGACGGGGGCUAGCUCACUUUGGAAGGACGCGCAGUCCAUCCAUCGGCUUCCACGUGGCUUAUCAACCUUGAAAGUUUACUGGAUCCCGCAAUUGCCAGAUUUUUCUGCCUUCAAAAGCUUGUCGGUUCUCCAUAUCUACUACUGUCCGAUGCCACACUUACCCGAUUUAUCGUGCUUGAAGAGGCUACAGGAGUUAAGGCUGCUUUUCCUAUACAGUUUGGCGGAGAUUCCAGGUUUGGGGGAAGUGGAAUCAUUGAAGUCUUUGUACAUUCACGAGUGCAAUAAGAUUGAACAAUUGCCUAACCUGUCGAAGUUAAAAAAUCUACGGCAUCUCUCCAUUACCUCUUGUCAAAAGAUGAGAGCCAUCGAAGACUUGAAAGAACUGAAUUUUUUGAAGCAGGUGGAGGUCAAAUGUUGCCCGUCCAUGGAAAAGUUGCCCACUGUGCCGGCAUUCACCAAGUUGGUGAAAGAUUCGAAGUCACGAGUUCGAUGGUGCUAG